AUGUCUGACAUUACGAAGGAGAAUGUCUCUGUUGAGACUGACGACAAGGUCAACGCAAUCCGCGAAGAUGACGAGAUGCAAAACACCAUAAAUGAAAAAAUCGACAUCACCACACAAGGCAGCAGCGAAGAGACCAGGACCGACCUCGUAACCGCGGAUGCUGGAAAUGCGAACAGUGUUGGCCAUCCGACCAUCACGAUCAAGUAUCAGGGUCUCGAGUGGCACCUGGAUCGACACAACUUCAUGCGAAACAGCGAACUUGCAGUUACCACAUUUGGUCGCGAUACCAAGUGCUAUCCUCACAAUGAAAUUAUGAAAGUACCUGACAACGCAAAAGGCGUCUCAGCCCAGGCCCUUGACCUCAUGACGAAUUACUUCAAUGACGGAGCAGAAGCUCCAGCCCAGUGGCUCACCUGCCAUGGAGGCACCGAGCACAAGGGUCCCACCUGGAUGUCCAAGAUCCAAAAGAACCCCAACGCACUGCAAGACAUGCCGGAGCACUUCACGACCGCCGCGUACUUCCAGAGCCGCAGCCUUGUGGUCCUGCUUCAGCUCGCCGCCUCCCGCAGCUUCAUCGCCCUGAUCUGCAGCAAGGGCCGCCAGCAGAGCCUGCCCAGCUAUGCCUUGUACACCAAGGCCAUCUGCGAGGCUCUGGGGGCCGCCUUUGACCCAUCCCGGUGCCCGUACAAGGUGGAAGGCGCCCGGGAGGUGGCGCAGGUUGAUGGUGAGGCCGAGAAGGACGAAGUUGGGUGUGAACACCAGCAGCCCGACACACUUUGCGCCGAUGAGCUGCUCAACGACGCGGGCUGGCUGCGCUGGGUGGCCGAGCAUGAGCACCUGAUGGCCUUGUUCUGGGCGGAGAUGGCGUACAAGGGACAGCUGAGCUAUGGAGGCGGGCUGGGCUGCGCUUUUCUGCGGUGGGACCGGCUGGAGGGGGAGAGCAAGUGGCGGACCUCGCCUUACUAA